AUGGAGCUGCAAAUUACCGAACUAAAACGGCCACCCGGAACUCCGGGAAAGACUGGACCUCCGGGGUCUGGAUUUACAGGGCCUCCUGGUCCACCUGGACCUUCUGGGGAGAAGGGGGCCCGUGGGCCAGCUGGCAAUGGCUCUACUGGGCCUCCUGGACUACCAGGACUUCCAGGAAAGGAUGGGCUAAGGGGGCCAAUUGGUCCUGGGGGAAACGAUGGUCAGCCUGGACCUGCAGGGCCACCCGGACCCCUUGGAGAGAAGGGAGCCACAGGGUCGCCCGGUCCCACAGGGAAGGUUGGGGUACCGGGUCCUGCUGGACUUACGGGGAAGAGGGGACCAAUAGGACCUGUUGGCCCUGUGGGGAUUGCGGGUAGGCCUGGGUCUGUGGGGCCUCCUGGAGCCCCAGGAAUGAAGGGCCCCAUAGGGCCAGCUGGCCCCAUGGGAAAGGCUGGAUCACCUGGGCUCACUGGGUCUGUCGGUCUUCCCGGGUCACCAGGAUCUCCAGGAAGAAAGGGACCUGAAAGAGGGGACCCAAGGGGUCAGCUGGUCCUCGGGGAAUGGCAGGGCGUCCCGGGUACCCUGGGUCUGCCGGUCCACCUGGAGCGCCUGGAGCUAAAGGCGAGAAGGGACUAA